UUUGUCUCAUCUUUGUUGUGCCUGGAACGCCACGGUGGCCAAAGUUCAGAGCUCAGAACAAAAGCAGAAAGAAGACACGGAGCUGGCUGUUCUCAGGCAGCUUCAUUUACAGGCUGUUUGUGAUGCUGGAAUAAGUGAAGACAAACAUCUAAGACUGUUCAACACUAAACUACAGCUGGAUACCUUCCUCCUCCAAUGCCAAACUAAAACCUCAGAGGUCGUUAUUAGUUUUCACUCAACCAGAGCAACAUGACCAACAGGAAGUCAGAAGUCCUACGAAGGAUUGUGUCAAAGGACGGUCAUAACAAUGUGCGGAUUGACAAUGUGGAGGGCAUGGUCAAACUCUACCUGCAUGAUAUCUGGACCACAGUGGUGGACAUAAAGUGGCGUUACAAACUCACUCUGUUUGCCUCCACUUUUGUCAUGACCUGGUUGAUCUUUGGGGUCUUCUAUUACGUCAUCAGCAUGGGGAACGGAGACUUUGAAGCUGGGCAUAAUUCUAACCACACACCCUGCGUGGUUAAUGUGGACUCCUUCACCGGAGCCUUCCUGUUCUCUUUGGAGUCUCAGACUACCAUUGGCUAUGGCUUUCGUUUCAUAUCUGAAGAAUGUCCUCUGGCCAUCUUCACUUUGGUGGUUCAGCUCGUCAUCACCGGGCUGGCUGAGAUCUUCGUCACUGGGGCCUUCCUGGCCAAACUAGCUCGACCCAAGAAGCGAGCAGAAACCAUCAAGUUCAGCCAGGUGGCGGUAAUCUGCUGGCACCAAGGAAAGCUGUGUCUGAUGGUCAGGGUGGCAAACAUGAGGAAAAGCCUCCUGAUCCAGUGCCAACUGACAGGAAAGCUCUUUCAAUCCAACAUGACAGAGGAAGGCGAAAAGACACAAAUACACCAGAGCUCUGUAGAUUUCUGUAUGGACUCCAGCGGAGAAUGCCCCUUCCUCAUCCUCCCCCUCACCUUCUACCACGUUCUGGAUGAGCAAAGCCCGCUGGCAGGACUGACGGCAGAAAACCUGCACACACGAAACUUUGAGCUGCUCAUAACCCUCAACGCCACCAUGGAGUCCACGGCAGCCACGUGCCAGAGCCGCACCUCCUACGUACCACAGGAAAUUCUGUGGGGUCACGAGUUCAAGCCGGUGCUGUUCCGCACCAGCAGUGGUCGCUAUGUGGCAGAUUUCAACUUUUUGGAUAAAGUACAAGAGAGCAGUGAUACAGCUCUCCAUGGCAACAACAUGGAAAAGCUGAAAAUGGAGAUGGAUUAUAAGAAGGAUUAGUGGAGGCAACCACUAAUUAUAUGUCAUUUCUAUAACAUCAAGUACAAUGAGUCAUCAGCAUGUUUUUACAGUGCGUUCAAAUUGUCUUCCAACAUCAUUUUCCAGGGGAAAUUUUUGCAUUUUAACAAAGUGAGCUUGAUUUUCCGAACGCAGAACUGGUAGCAGAUAACCAUGAGAUUACAAGUUUCUAUGGCUGCGCCCUGUACCACCAGUAGUCCACUGUAGUCUUUAUAUAAUUUAAAUAAAUACUUAGAUGCAUUGUUUUAAUAAGGAUUUAUAGUUUUUAGUCUUAAGGUAACUUUACCAGAAUGGUUUUCCGUGGAGGGCUGGUAACCCUCUCAUAGUUUAUUGUCUCUUUUGGGGUUUCCUAAUUGUUUAAAUGCUGUUAAAGGCCUAGUUCAGAUUUUUGUUAUUUUCUCCCACUAAAUAAAUGUUGAGACACUUCUCUGACUAAGAUACAAAAAAUGAUCAGAACG